GGACAGCCUCUAAUUGAUAGGCCCAAACGACGGAGGCUAUGGCCUCAAUCCAUCAACGUGAGGUUCGCUAUCCCGGCGGAUCUAAUUGAGAACCAAGAUUUAAAGUUCACUGUUGUAAACUUUUAAUUGACCGCCAUCCCGCGCAUGAGUAGCUGCGAAGAGCUUCUUCGACAUGGCCAACGUCUUCGCAGGUUGCUCAACGCGUGCUCUUCAAUUCGUUCCCUCAAAGAAACAAAAUCUCUACAUGCUCUCACUGUCACAAUGGGUCCAAUUCCAAAUCAAUCUGCAUUCAUCAACAACAAUAUCAUGUCUGGUUAUCUAUCAUUUGGCCAGCCGGUACUUGCACGUAAGCUGUUUGACUCAUUGCCUCAGAAGACUGUUGUUUCUUAUAAUACACUUAUUGUUGAAUAUGGUCGAAGUGGGGAUGUGAUCGAGGCUUGGGAUUUAUUCUGUGAAAUGAGGCGUCAUGUAUUACGGCCAACCCAAUACACACUGAGUGGACUACUGUUGUGCGAAUCACUUAAUCUUGCUCAGGGCGUUCAGUUACAUGCUUUCAGCAUAAAGAAUGGGCUUUUUUGUGCUGAUGCUUUUGUGGGGACUAAUUUGUUGGGUUUUUUUGGGAGACAUGGUUGCUUGGAUGAAGUGUUUUCAGUGUUCGAGGAUAUACCCCGAAAGAGCUUGGUUACAUGGAAUUCAAUGUUGUCUGUUUUGGCGCAUAAUGGGACUGUUGAAGAUUGUCUUCUUAUGUUCCGUGAUCUUGUAAGGAUGGGGGUUUCCUUGUCUGAAUAUUCUUUUGGUUCCGUUUUGUCUGCACUUGGUUCAAAACAGAGCUUGAAAUACGGUGAACUCUUGCAUGGUUUAAUGACUAAAUGCGGGUUCGAUUGUCAAGUUAGUGCGGCUAGUUCUCUUAUCAGAAUGUAUGUCAAUUGUAAGGGCAUAGUCUUGGCAGAAAAAUUGUUUGAGCAGAUGCCGAUUCAGAACGUUGUGUCGUGGAAUAUAAUCAUUGAUGCGUGGGCCAAAAGUGAGAGGCCCCAAAUGGCAUUGAAGCUCUUUUCAAAUAUGUCCAGCAGAGGAUUGAUGCCUAGUCAGGCCACAUUUGUAGUUGUUAUCAACUCGUGCACUAAUUUGAAAAUUCCAGUCUAUGGUGAUUUCAUCCAUGCUAAGGUUAUCAAGAAUGGUUUUAAAUCUGAUGUUAUUGUGGGCACAGCAUUAGUAGACUUCUAUGCUAAAUGCGGAGAAUUGGAGUAUGCCCAUAACUCUUUUCAUGACCUAGAAGACAAGAAUUUGGUAUCGUGGAAUGCUCUGAUUUUGGGCUACUCAAAUAAAUGCUCUUCCGCAUCUGUUAUUUUACUACAACAAAUGCUUCAAUUGGGUUACCGACCUAAUGAGUUUUCCUUUUCAGCCGUUCUUAAGUCAUCAUUGGCGUCAGACCUGCAUCAGCUUCAUUGUUUAAUUAUAAGAAUGGGAUAUGAGAAUUAUGAUUACGUAUUAAGUUCUCUUCUUAUGUCUUACACUCGAAAUGGUCUCAUAAACGAAGCCAUGGCCUUUGUCAAAGAUCUUAAUAAUCCACUUCCUGUUGUCCCAUCAAACGUCAUUGCUGGUAUCUAUAACAGAACUCGCCAGUACAAUGAAACACUGAAAUUUCUUUCCUUGCUAGAAAAACCAGAUGUUGUAUCUUGGAAUAUUGUCAUUGCAGCAUGUGCUCGGAGCAAUUAUUAUCAUGACGUUUUCGAGCUGUUCAAGCAUAUGCGUUCUGCUGAUAUCCAUCCUGAUAAUUACUCAUUUACGAGCCUUCUCUGUGUGAGUACCAAACUCUGUAGUUUGGCAUUGGGCAGUUCUCUUCACGGACUUAUUUUAAAGACUGAUAUCAAUAAUGGUGACACAUUUUUGAGCAAUUUACUUAUUGACAUGUAUGGGAAGUGUGGAAGCAUUGAUAGUUCGGUGAAAAUUUUUGGAGAAAUAGAAGAUAGAAACCUAAUUACGUGGACAGCUUUGAUUACUGCCCUUGGGCUGAAUGGUUAUCCUCAUGAGGCACUAACGAGAUUCCGGGAAAUGGAGAUGACAGGGUUGAAGCCCGAUGCACUAACUCUCCGAGCAGUGCUAUCAGCUUGCAGAUAUGGUGGAUUAGUAAGCGAAGGGAUGGAAUUUUUCAGGAAAAUGACAAUGAUUUACGGGAUUCAACCAGAAAUUGAUCAUUAUCACCAGAUAGUCGACCUUUUGGCUAAAAAUGGAUGCAUUGUGGAAGCUGAGAAAGUCAUUGCAAGCAUGCCUUUUCCUCCAAAUGCUAAUAUAUGGCGUAGCUUCCUUGAAGGCUACAAGAGACAAGAAACUGCAAAUCGACUUGUUUAGACAAAACUAAUUACUCCACAUGACUUUAUUGUUUUUUUUUUUCCCUCCGGUCAACAUGACUUUUUGUUAUUUGAUGAACCACCACGUUGUUUAAGGGAUGUCAGAUAUGGUGGAUGAUGAAGCACUGAACGGUUAGAACAAAUUUUAUUCGUUGUAUUUUCUUUUGGAUUA